ACCUCCUCUCCCUGCGGAGCACGGCUGAGUCAGUCAGUCUGUCGGAGCCAGUCUUCCGAGCAGGCUACGCCGGGCACCUCGGAGAGCCAGCAGCUGGAUUCUUCUGUGUCCCCUCCCACUCUUCCCGCCCUACGUCUCUCUUCACCCUUCUCCCGCCCUUGCUCGUGCAGCCAUGGCGGAGUCGUCAGCGGCCACUCAGUCCCCGUCAGUCUCCUCGUCGUCCUCCGGGGCCGAGCCGUCAGCGCUCGGCGGCGGCGGCGGGAGCCCUGGAGCCUGCCCCGCCCUGGGGGCGAAGAGCUGCGGCUCCUCGUGUGCGGCAGGAUUGAGCUCUCUUUGCUCUGAUGAGCCACCUUCAAAAAUUAUGGCUUCCUCCUUUCUUUCAUCUUCUGAAAUACAUAACUCUGACCUCACAACACUGCUUGGAGAAAAAAGCGAAACAUUAGACAGCCAGCUUGUUCUAGCUAAAGAAGGAAAAGACCCCUUGGUUCUUCUAGAUAAGAAAAAUCUGGACUCACCUCAGGGGACCAACAAGGACAGAGUAGACACUCUGGUUUCUCUUGCAGCCGGCAUUCCUUGCAGCCACCCUUCUAUUCCAGACAGUUUCCCAGAGCAACCUGCUUUUCUGUCAAAAGAAACUGGUCCAGCAGAAGAGUGGAUAGUUAAAGACCAAGAACCCAAGAACCCAAACAAGGUUCCAAAUGGAGAGGACAGAAGUACACUGGAUCUUGGGCAGUCUAAGGCAGAACACAUUUGUACAUAUUCCUUGUCCCCGUCUGAACUUUCAGUAGCCAGUGUAGAAAAAGAUUCUCCUGAGUCACCAUUUGAAGUAAUUAUUGACAAAGCAACAUUUGACAGAGAAUUUAAAGAUUUGUAUAAGGAAAGCCCAAAUGAUUUGGGUGGCUGGGCAGCUCAGGGUGAUAGAGAAUCCCCUGCAGACUUGUUGGAAAUGAAUGACAAAGUGUUUCCACUGAGAAACAAAGAGGCAGGGCGUUACCCAUCCUCUGCACUGCUCAGUAGACAGUUCUCACAUACUACAGCAGCACUGGAAGAGGUGUCUAGAUGUGUGAAUGAUAUGCAUAACUUUACUAAUGAAAUAAUGACUUGGGACUUAGAUCCCCAAGCAAAACAACAGGCCAAUAAAUCAUCUUGCACCACAGAAAGUACAGGACUAGACAGGAGUGAACAUCGCUCAGAAAUUCCAAUUAUAAAUCUUAAAACAAACCCUCAGCAGAAAAUGCCUGUAUGUUCUUUUAAUGGGAGCACUCCCAUUACCAAAUCCACAGGUGACUGGACAGAAGCAUUUACAGAAGGAAAACCUGUAAGAGACUACCUCAGUUCCACAAAAGAAGCUGGUAGCAAAGGUGAGCCAGGCAGUUCUCAGCUUUAUUCAGAGCUGCCUGGCUCUGUGCAUGAAAAAUGGGUCUCAGGCUCUGGAGCAGCUACAGUGGAAGUGACUUUACCUAACCUGAGGGGUGCCUGGCCUAACUCUGUGCUGGGGGAAGUCACAGAGGUUGACAGUUCUGGGGAAUCUGAUGACACAGUAAUAGAGGACAUCACAGAAAAUCUCUCAGUUAAGAACAUCAAAGUUUUGCCAGAAAAACCUGACUCCCUUUCAAGUGCUGCUGCAAAAACAAGUGAAAGGGAGAUCAAAGAGACUCCCAGUCUUGAAACUGUGAGGAGUGAAAUGUGUGAAAACUCUGAGCAGCAGCAGCCCCAGCCAGAAACUCCUACUCAGAAGAGUCUGGAAGGUGAGGUAUCUUCACAAGUACCUGAUAACCUGAAUGAAGUUACACCUGAAAAGCUUGCUAUGACUAACAACCCCAAAGUUUGCUCAGCAGCACCUCCAAGUGUUCUCAGUGAGACAGGAUUCUCACUAACUGUGCCAGCUUCUGCCAAAUUGGAAUCUUUACUUGGACAAUAUGUUGAAGAGACAGAUGGUUCCUCCCCAGAGGACUUGAUGGCUGUCCUUACAGGAGCCAAGGAGAAGGGGAUAGUGGAUAAAGAGGAAGGCAAUGUUUUGGAAACAGUGUUAGAGAAGAUAGCAGACUUUAAGAACAAUUUGCCUGUGGAACUCUUGCAUGAAAGUGAGCAGAGUGGUUCUGAAACCAAAAAUACUAAAAGCAAAUACAGUGAAAACAGCAGAGAAACAAAUGGAGGCGCCCCCAUGGUGUCUCCAGACUUAGAGCAGGAGCAGCUCACCAUCAGAGCCAUUAAGGAACUAGGGGAAAGGCAAGCUGAGCAGAUGCAGGAUGAUGGAAUGUCUCCUGGAGAAAAACUCAAGCAAGCCUUUGCUCCACAGUCUGGGCCACAGAGUUCAUCUGACAUCCUAGAACACACAGAUAGCAAAUCUGGAUCUGAUCGUGGAAUUCCUAAAAAGCCUCCUAUCAUCAAAGACACUAGACUAGAUUCUAUUUCCAGCCUUACCAAGACUGAAAUGGUUAACAAGCAUGUACUAGCAAGACUUCUCAGUGAUUUCCCAGUGCACGAUCUGAUUUUCUGGCGAGAUGUGAAGAAGACUGGGUUUGUCUUUGGCACCACACUGAUCAUGCUGCUGUCUCUGGCAGCUUUCAGUGUUAUCAGUGUGGUCUCUUACCUCAUCCUGGCUCUUCUCUCUGUCACCAUCAGCUUCAGAGUCUAUAAGUCUGUCAUUCAAGCUGUGCAGAAGUCAGAAGAAGGACAUCCAUUCAAGGCCUACUUGGAUGUGGACAUUACCCUGUCUUCAGAAGCUUUCCACAACUACAUGAAUGCUGCAAUGCUGCAUGUCAACAAGGCCCUCAAACUCAUUAUUCGUCUCUUUCUGGUAGAAGACUUGGUUGACUCCUUGAAGCUGGCUGUCUUCAUGUGGCUGAUGACCUACGUUGGUGCUGUUUUUAAUGGAAUUACCCUUCUGAUUCUCGCUGAGCUGCUUGUUUUCAGCGUACCAAUUGUCUAUGAAAAGUAUAAGACUCAGAUUGACCACUAUGUUGGGAUUGCCCGGGAUCAGACCAAGUCAAUUGUUGAAAAGAUCCAAGCAAAGCUUCCUGGAGUCGCCAAAAAAAAGGCAGAAUAAGCACGCGGAAGCCAUUAGUGCAACAGUUACUAAAACAUCAUUUAAUAGUUAUAACAUCGUCACUUGUACUAUGAAGGAACUUGCUCAGUGUCAGCUAGAGUUUGGUUCCAAGUUGUUCUUUUUAAUUUGGUGUUCUCUCCCCUCCUCUCCCUUUACCCUCAGUACCAAGCACAAGGUGUGUUAGACUGAAAAAAGAACUGAUCUCUUAGAACCCUAAAAAAUAAAGAUUGAAUCAGAUUAAUAGAAUUAAUCAGACCAUAGUGGUUGUGGAGCUUUUCAUGUACCAUAAAAGGGGAAAAAGAAAAGAGAAAUGUCUGUAGGGUCCUCUAUCCAGUUUCAAGGACUCGCAUACAGCUCCCAUUUAUAAUUGUGCCCUUAUUUUUAAGUUAGGAAAUAAUGAUUAAUUUAUGAAUAAAUAGUCUGGGGCAAGAGUGGGAUUUCUUCCAUUGGGCUUGUGUGGCCCUCCAGUCCCACCUUCCUGCCUUACACAUAAGCAGCUACUCUUUACUGCUCCUCUUCUUCCUUAAUGAAAGAACUGUUAGCUCUGAAUAACUUACAGGUAAUAGAGGUAAUUCCCUAUUCCCAGAAUGCCACCUGAGCAAUGGGGGUGCCGGGGGUUGGAUGGAGCAGCCAGCAGGAGGGCAGCAGCCACCCUCUCUGCUGCUCUUCCUAGGGAAGAAAGGGCUCUCCAGCUGGGAGGGCAGUGUCCAAGCCAUUGGUCUGGGAUACCAGUGUGAGGGUUGGUUUGAGAAAUCAUUCCAGAAUGUGCUUUUCCCUCUUUUCCCUGCCCACCUUACCUCAAGUUUAAUAAAUAUGGUUGUACUUUUAUUAUUAUGAAAUAAAUGUCUGUAACUGCUGUACACUGCUAUAAACUUCUUAAAGAAAAAUAAUCUG